AUGUGGGGGUCGUGGCUGGACCAGAUACACAAGAAGCUUGACGAUGUCUCCGGACUCGCGGAGCAGGCCAUAGGCGGCGUCUACGGAGAAGAGGAAGAGGAAGAGGAAGAGGAGGAGGAAGAGGAGGCGCGAAAGGAAGAGGACACGCGUUUGCAAGCGGAGGGCACGAAGCUGACCGGGAAAGAAGCGGCAAGCGGACAAGGGGCGGACGUUGUCGGCAAUGCGCUUUCGCAGCCGCCAGCGUCGCCCGAGCUGUGGCAAGGAAGUCUCGUAACGAACCUUUCCACCUCUAGCAACGAGGCGAUGGAGCUACAGCCACCUCUGCGGGAGAGAAAGACGCUGGCGGCAACGACGACGCACGCGUCGUGUGACGUAAAGAGCGCGCUGUGCGGAACCUCGGCCACACCCGCAGAAGAACCUACCGGCUCCGUCCUGGCGGCUGUUGAGGGCACCGAAGCGGGGCCAAUUCCACCCGAACGGUCACCGUUGCAAUCGGUGGAGCCUGUGGAGACUGCCGCAUCUCCGGUAGCAACAGCAACAUCAAGGACGACAGCAGGAGAGGAAGGAGGAGGGGCCACGGCGGCGGCGGCGGCUGCGCCGCAGUUAACUCCAGAUACAGCGGGGCGUGCUGCGGUGACCCUCGAGGCUGCCCACUCCAUUGCUCAGCACGGCGCAGCACCACAUCUCAGUGGAGUCAAACACCCCCCCAGUGACAGGCGGCGGAGGCGAGGAGCAGCUGCUGCGGUUCCAGCAGCUGCUAGCGGACGAGAUGGAGGUGUCACGGCUUUUGCGGGAGGAGAAAAACCGACUUGA